AUGCCGUUUGGAACCAGGGCAACGUCUGGUUCGUGGAGCGCGCGAGCCGCUCCAGCGCGGACAGAGCCAAAAGAGCGCGCCCCUACCACCAACACGCCGAAGAGGCCGCUGCAAGCAAGAAGAAACUCAAGAACUGCGAAGCCCUCCUCCAGCCUCAGCUCUCGCUCCAGCAAAAUCGCCAACUGGACGACCACCGAGACGCUACUCCCUCAACGAACGACCUCUCUCUCUCCCCGCAUCUCGCCCACAACCAACCCCCACCGGAAAACCUCGACCACGGACACCCGCGCCCCCCAGCUCAAACCACUUCCGCUCACCUCCUCGUCCACAACGACCACUCAGCACAACACGACACGCUCCCCGAACCUCAACCCUUCCACCCCCCAACCCCCAAAAACAAUCAAACCGAGAGCCACCUCGACCCCGCGCACCGCUAUGCCCAUUUGCAUCCAACCCACCAACAACCCACCUCUAGCGCGCCACCCUCCACAAACAACUCAACCCCCUCGAAGACCUCAACCGCGUCGCCCCCCGCGGGCACCCUCGCACCCCCUCCACCCCCCUGCAACACUCCCUGGGACAUGCUCCGACAACCAACCUGCUUCGUCACCCCGCCGGACCUCUCCAAAAGGUGCGGCACCGCCGACUUCUCUCUGUGCCAAAUUCAACCAACCACCUCGCUCCUCAAAAACCAACCUCUCCUUCCGCCACCCGCGCCACCCCCCUCUCCCAGCGAACCGCCCUCGAGACCCCCCCCCUAUCACCUGGGAACACAUCUGCUCCCUCAAAAACCCCAACUUCUCACCCUCAGACAACGGCCCCCUCCUAUGCCGCGAACACGAAUACAAACUCAUCCUAACCUCUCUGAGCCAGUUCAUGGUCCCCCUCAACCACUCCUCGGACGUCGUCCAAGGCGGCAUCCUCUUCGUCGCGGGCGUCCCAGGCACCGGAAAAACCGCGACCGUCGCUCGAGUCAUCCAAAAACUCCAGUCCCAACUCCACUUCAACCUGAUCCAAAUAAACUCCAUGAAACUAACCAACCCCAAAAAAAUAUUCGGCCUCCUCCUUCAAAACCUCAACCUCCCCGAACGACGCGCCGCACCCCCCUCAAAACCCAACUCCGAACGUGCACAAGUCCUCCUAGACACCCACUACCGCAACCCCCACGUCGCCAAACCAGUCACCAUGCUCGUCCUAGACGAACUCGAAAUGCUGCUCACCAGGAACCAACAAAUCCUCUACACCCUGUUCGAGUGGGCCAGAAUCGAAAACUCGAACUUCGUCUUCGUCGGCAUCUCCAACAUGAUGGACCUGCCAGAACGACUGCACCCCAAAAUCCAAUCCAGAAUGGGGUCCGACCGCAUCCUCUUUCACGCCUACCAACCCCAACAACUCGAAACAAUCCUCCGAAACCUGUUCUCUCCCUACCUCCACAUCUUCGAAGACGAGAGCGUCCUAAGCUACCUGUCAAAAAAAGCGGGCGCCAGUCGCGGCGACGUCAGGCACCUGUUCGAACUCUGCAAGCACCUACUUCGCACGGCCGAGUCAGACGCCUCCGCCAACCAACCCAGAAACGCCCUCAUCUCCAAAAAACACGUCGACCGCGUCGUCUGCAUGAUGGAACAAACUCCCAGAACCCUCGCUCUCAAAACCGCGUCCUACCACGAAAAACUCUGGUGCGUCUCCGUCCUCCUAGACAUCGCCCAAAGGCGAAAAAUAAAGCAACAACUGCUGCUCCAAAACGACGGCAAACCCCACCCGCACGACCGAGACGCGCUCGAGGAAGACUCCACCCACUUCGAAUUCACCGUCAAGCAAUACCUGGCCCUCUGCAAAAAAUACAACAUCCCCUCGUGCACGACCAUGAACCUCCAACAAAUCUCGCACCGAAUGGGACAAAUGCAAAUCUUCAACCUGAACUGGCAAGACCGCACCCUCCAAAGGCAAAUCUACCUCAACCUCGACCCAGAAGACGUCUUGUCCGCACUAUGCCUAGAUCAGCGCCUCAAGGAAAUCGUGAACAACGAAGAAUUGAACAAACACUACGACUCGACAAGCAAACGGCUGGCAAAACCGUCUCACGAAGCUUGCGCUUCACCCUCCUCCGCGCGACUCUGUUCGGCCUUCGAGGCAUCGGCCGGGGCCUCGUCGGCAACCUUCUCAAAAUCAUCCACCAACUCUGGAAUAUCGCUGGUAUCAGCCUCUUGGCCCGCGCUCUGCAUGCGCUGAAUAAUGUCCGCAUUGGACAUCUUCAUAGCCUGACUCAACUCCUCCUGCGUGAUUUUCUUUUCAGUGUGCUUUCCCUUGACGACAAAAAUAUUCGAACCCACGUUGACGCUGACGGAGGGGUUAAUAAAUGAAACAACCUUGGAAUCCGUGUGGUAAAGGUGAACUUCGUCAACGUCAAAGGUAUUCAUCUGAAUACGCUUCAAAGCCGUCAGCAAGUUCUUGUCACUGGAUGCCGAACUACUGGUAGUU